UCUGUUGAUAAGUGUCAAUGUCAAAAGCUAUAUUCUAAUUUUGGGUCGAAACUCGAAGGCAUUUUUUCCAAUUAUAAUCUUUUGAAUAACAAUAAAAUCAUUAAUUAAAAUUAAUCUUGGUAAAAUGUUUAGGGAGUAGUGUUGCUUAACUGUAAGCGUAAGUGUGUGUUUAUUGAUAAAUUAGAGUGCGCCUUUGCCGCUUUAAAGAGUGCAGAAAUGGCAAAAUCCCAAAUAAAUACUAAAUCCAGACAUUAUUCGCGGGAUAAGGAGACGUUUUUGAAGGAUUUGAAGCAGUUUAACGAGAGUAAAAAUAUACCGUAUAAAAUACCGGUAGUGAAUGGAGUUGAUAUAGAUUUGUACCUACUUUAUUCACUUGUACUCCAGCGGGGAGGUCUAAGUAGGGUAAAUCAAAAUGAUACCUGGGAGUCAUUUUUACGUCAACUAAGAUUACCACAUCCUUGUGUAAAUGGAUCUACACUACUCAGAAGAAUAUAUGGAACUUAUUUAGAAAAGUAUGAAAGAGCCAAAGGACCACCAGGUCGGGAUGAUGAUAAUGAUAUGGACGAGGAUCCCAGAAGGGGAAGGGGUGGUGGAAUGCCAAGGAUUUCAUAUGGCGGUGGCACAUACAUAUCAGCAUCAGGAGAACCUCUUCGCACGGGCAAUAGAAUCGCUGGACCAUCAGAAAGAUUGACUUUGUCCUUGUUAUCACCUAUGCCAAAUGAACAGGACUUUGCGGUCAACGUUUGCACUGUUCUUGCCGCAGAUCAUUCUAACAGACUACCAUUAAGCACUACUCCACAUAUAUUGGACUUUUUACUCGCACAUGCGGGAGUUUAUAAUCAUUCAAGUCUAAGAGACACAAUAGGUCGGUCAUAUUAUGAAGCCCGAGGAAGAUAUCCACAUGAGUUCUGGCAGUUGAGAGCUGGAGGUGGUGGUGCCAAGGAACUGGCAGAUGAGACCAAGUUUAUGCAACCCGGUAUAGAACAACCAGAACUAAUGGUCCAAGCAUUAGCCGCUCAUAAUACUUUGACAGACUGUUUGAGGCAAGGGGAAGAAGAAGAUAACAGUUUGGAGAAGAUAGUUGAGGAGGACUUACUGGAAGAUUGGGUGACUGAACCAUCGGAAGAGGACCAACUCUUCGCUCCAGAGUUAGCUGGCGGAGCAAGUUGCGUGUACACACAACGCGUUCUACAGAUCGCGUCUAUUGUUCGCUCGUUGUCUUUCCACGAGGAAAACGUGCAAUAUCUUGCAAGGAAUGCAACAUUGAUAAGAUUCCUGCUACUCUGUGCAAAUUGUUGGGUAGGAACGUUGAGGCAAAGUGGCUUGGACACCCUGGGGAAUGUUUCUACUGAACUAAUCAUUAAGGAUCCAGCAACAUGCCUGAUAUCCAGACACGUGCUAUCGACGAUCCAAUCCGCGCUGAUAUCGCAGGAUCGAGCGAGAGUUCUAGCUGCUUUGGAGCUUCUCAACAAACUAGCCCAGAAUGAGGCCAACGAGGAUGCAUUGCUUAAGGCGCUGGAAGCUAAGGUGUAUAGUGACGUAUGCGCUCUCCUAACUCUCCGUGACAUCAUGGUGCUAGUGUGUACGCUGGAGUGCGUGUACGCACUAACGGCGUUGGGCGACCGUGCGUGCGAGGCAGUCGCAAGAGUUCCCGGUUUGAUACAAACACUGGUGUCGCUUGUUACGGUUGAGGCGCAGAGCUACGGUCCGCGUGCGUGCAUACUAAUGCGCGUAGUUGAAACCGUGAGUGGACCGCAGGCCGUUGCCGCCGCGGGUGCUGAGAAAGAAGUUGAGAAGCCGCACCUCACCCCUCUUCCACAGUCGCAACCGACAACGCCUUCGAAGCCGAUAGCAGAACCGCCGCCUUUGGCAACAGUGUCAAAUCCCACGCCAGCACCAGUGCCCGCCACAGCGCCCAUGUCGUCAUUGCAGCAGUCGCACCUGCAACAACGGACUGUACAGGAAAACGAGCAUUUCGUGCAAGCCUGGCUCCGAGCCACGUAUGAAGCUUUACCAGCGAAUGACAACAGUACGUGCGAUGCCGGUGAAGUGUACAGACUGUAUCUGGCCUGCUGCACCAAACUGUCGCGCAAGGGCGUCAUUGCGCCUGCGCACUUCCCGCGGCUAGUCAGGACUGUAUUUGGAGGCACCGUAGGACCAAAUACCUUAACAACGUCGACAGGGGAAACACAACACGUGUAUGUCGGUAUACGAUCGAAAAAUUUGCCGAAUAGGACCAAUCCACCUGCUGGACCGUCUUCACCCAUCCUGAAGGCCCAACUGACAAACAAACCUGCUGCAAGCGAGCCGAAACCACUACCGCCGCAGCCACAGAUCCAACAGCAACCACCCCACCCUGUGCUGUCACAGGCGUUGGAAUCCACAACGUCCAACACUUCGCUCAUCAAACAUCUCCUAGCGCACAAAGUAAGCCCUGCACCCGCAACGCACGCGCAAGUUGCUCAAAGACAGCAAAGUCAACAGAGGGUCGGGCCAACUCAAGCUGGAACCGUAGUAGUGCACCCGAGUCAAACAUCCAGUAUGGAAGUGGAUCCAGAAGCCCUGAUCAAAUGUACUACAAUAAUACCUGGUGGGGUUACUACCAGUCAGAAUGUGCAAGGUGAAAAGAUGGUUGUCAGCGCUGUGGACGACGUUUUAGUGCCAAAAGAAGAGUCCGUACAAAUUCAGAUUGACGAUCAGGCGCAGCUUACUAUUAAAACCGCUCAAAACAAAAUGCUAGCGGACCUUCUAGAGAAAAAGUCCAAUCCGCCUGUACAAGUCGUACCAUUGGGGCAGCAGAUAAACGCACCGACUAUACAGAUAACCGAAACCGGUCAAAUAGUGCAAGUCAAAACCGAAAACCCCCUCAUACAAAUCAAUACAGAAAACGUUCAACCUAGCGGGCCGUUUUUCCAAAUUAAAAACGAGCAAGGCCAGUUGAUACAGAUUAAAAACGACCAAGGUCAGGUCAUACAGCUGAAGAGCGAUCAACUUCAAGGUUUAUUGCAGUUUAAAAAUGAUCAAGGUCAAAUAGUUAUAAAAAAUGAGCAGCUAAUACCUCAACUGCUCCAGCAAAGCGUUAUUCAAAGUCUUAAGUCCGAUAAAGAACACAUAAUGGAAACUGUAGUGACAGAUCAUUCGUAUACGGAACCCCCGAAUAAGAAGGCGAAAAUGGAAGAAAAAUCCGAGAGCAAUUCCCCCCAAGAGAGCGUGUCGAAAACCGCUGCUAAUUUGUACGCGGCUAUCGCGGCAUCGGCGCUCGAAGACGAAGAUGAUUUGCGGCCUCGUGGGAUACUUUCUGGUGCUCUAGCUAAGGUGCAACAGCCGACAAUGCAAGUGCAACAACCGACUAUGCAGAUACAACAACCAACUCUGCAAGUACAGCAACCAACUUUACAAAUGCACCAGACUCCGACCAUACAGGUACAACAACCGACAUUGCAAAUGCAGCAGCCAAUGUUACAAGUGCAGCCGAUGGACGUCCAGAACCUUAUCGCUUCUCAAUCUGGACAGAUUAUAUUGCAAGAAAAGCAGAUGCCGACUCAAGCGACACAGUUCAUGCAACAGCCGAUGCAAAUUAUUGCUACUCCAAGCAACUCGCAAGGAGGUCUUAGCUACAUAACGCAAAACAUACCAGGGAAUAUGAUGCAGAAAACAAUUAUUUUUGUACAAGGUACCGGCGGCGGACCGCUCACACUGACGGUGAACAACCCAUCUGGUCUGGACGAGGCGACGCUAAACAGCCUUAUUGCGCAGGCCACAGAGGCGAUUACUCAACAGCAAAUCAUUCAGAAUUCCGGAGUGAUACAGUCUACACAAAGGGUGAUCGUGAGUCAACCCACCCUCGUCAGUACGUCACAACCGAUUGCCGUGAUGAAAACCACCCUCACCCAGAACACACCUCAGAUAACGCCGAGUCAGCAACCAAUAAUAACAACGCAACCGCAACCCCACAAAGCGCAAAUAGUCAACCAAGCGUCACAGCAACAGAUCGUUGUAACCCAAAAACAACCACCCGCCUUGAUAAGUACAUCGAACAACAACCAAAUCAUCGGGAACCAGAUGGUUGGGAGCAACCAACAGAUAAUCCAAGGUAACCAGCAGUUGAUGCAAGGCAACCAGCAGAUUAUAGCGGUUUCCAACAACCAGCAGAUCAUAAUGAACGCGCCCAUGAAACAAGGGGUUCACAGGGUUAUCCAACCCCCGCAGAGGAGCCAGGUUACCUCCGUGCCAGUGACCAGCGCGUCAUCGACUUGUGAAAUUAAAAGUGGGACCAUACAGAGUAAGAAAAGUCAACAACCGGUUAUGCGGCAAGUGAUCACGCGGCAACCAGUUAUGGUGGGUAAUACAAAGAUCGGCGAUAAGGAGAUGGUCAUUUCGCAACCGGUCACAGAGACCAAACCGCCACCGUUGACGAAAACGGUGACUCCGCCACCAAUGUCAUUACCACCGGGCGUUGAAGACACACCAUGGAUAUGCCAUUGGCGAGGAUGCGGGAAGAUCUUCUUGAACGCAUCUGAAGUGUUCAGCCACGCGGCGCGCACUCACUGCCCGAACACAGCGGGCGGCGAGGCGCCUUGUAUGUGGCUGGAUUGUGAUCGAGUCCCAAGACGCACUUUCGCUUUGCUCAACCACCUGACGGAUAAACAUUGCAGCCCUCAUGCAUUAAAAGCGAUAUUCAACUCGCGUAGACACAUAGCGGCGGAAGCUGAAGCCAACAAACCAGUGUCCGUCGGGUACCCGCCCAACGCGGCGUUGGCGGCGUUGAACAAGCACGCGACCGACACAAUGAACCCGCGAGAGCUUAUGUCACUAACACGCGCACGUGUGCAGCAACGGGACGAUGUGAGUUGCACGCCGGAUCAAUUGGAUGAGAACGAAGGUCCUGUGACGAAGAGUAUACGGCUAACUGCAGCACUUAUAUUGAGGAAUAUAGUCAUUUACUCCAAUACUGGUAGAAGGCUCCUUCGCUCCUUCGAAGCGCAUCUAGCAGUGAUAGCGCUGAGCAACGUGGAAGCUUCUCGAACGAUUGCCCAGGUCCUUUACGACAUGAACAACAUUUGAGAGUCGCUUAACGGACUGCGGUCCGAACAUUGCUGACAAUUAUUUAAGUUGUAUUGUAUUGUGCGAGGCAGGGAGUGAGUUAAGUUAUUAUUUGAUUUAAUCGCAGUUCGGCUAGCUACAGAUCGGAAACGAGAGUUACUGCGCGGAGUAAUAAAGAGGUAUUCAAAGUGCCUAGUGUGAGAUAUCCUAUCUAAGUUUAGUUAAUCGAUCGUCUGAAAGUUAUCUACGAUUUAUAUGGUAUCGUAGGAGCGCCAUCUAGUUUUAAUACUGGGAAACCGUACUGUCACUAGAUGGUGCUAUUUCGAUUCCAUAUAAAUCAAAUUUUCACUUUUACGCGAUGGUAUAAGUAAAUUUUCAUUUUCGAGGAAUUUCGAAGUCCGAUACCUAGUUUUUUCAAGUUUUAUACCAAACAUUCUACAUCAUAGAGGUAACAGUCAGUCUUAUUUGGUACUAUUUUGGUACUUUUAAGUUUACACAACGGUGAUGGAAAUACCACAUUCCGAGCGAAGUAUUGUAAAGUAUUGUAAAAGCUUGAUAUCCUCAUGUCUAAUUUAAUUGUGUAGAGAUACUUAAUGCGUAAAAUUAUGAGCGAUGCAGAUAGCUUUCUUACCUGAUUUCUUGAAAGGAACUUAUCUGUGUUUUUUAAAUCGUAAAUUUGUGCACAUUUCUACACGCAGCGCUGAAACAUUAAUUAAAUAAUAACCAGGAUUACAGAAUUUGCGACUGGAAUACGAGUUAAUGUUACUGUACAGUACCUUAUUACAAGAUUUGCAAUCGAGGCUUCGUUUUCUUCGUCAAAGUGAAAUGGACCUAAUGUCCCUCGUUUAAAAGUCGCAAAUCCUGCACUUAUGAUUUUUGUUAUACAAACUUUCUGUGUAAAGCCUUAUCUAAAAAAUUGCCGGUAAAUUUGAGCUUUAAGUCAAUGCAAAUAAGAUUCAUGUAACUCCGUUGCUCAAAUUUUUCUUUACUCGUCCAUCGUCGUUUUCGACUGCUUGAUUGCGAGCGAGCCAAUUUUGUUGGUUAUCGUUCGAACUAUCUGUGUAGACUUACCUUUGGUAUAAAAAGUAAACUCGGAUGAACACACUGUACAGAAAAAAUCCAAUAUGUCCAAUAGUUAAAUCAUUGAGUCAUAAUGAAGAAUUAAUUACGAAGUGUAAACACACUUUGAAUUUAUUUGUAUAGGAGAGAAAAGCACAGAUACGAACUUUCCUCUACUCUCCCGCGCAAAUAAUGUCAAAGUGUGUUCACUUAAUUACCUCUUUUCGUUGGCCGCAGUUUAGCUAUUUUAACACCAUUUAUGUUGGUACCUAAUUAUGUAAGACAAAACAUAUAUUUAAGCGUAAAUAAGAAAUAAAAUAGAUUCAGUUAAUAA